UAAUGUUGUAUUUUCAGAUCUGAAAUAAAUUUGCCGAGAUGUCUGUCACUUUUGACGAUAUAAAAAAGGAAAUCGGUUCUGGAGAUAUGGGCAAAAAAGUACUCCUCGCAUAUUCCGGUGGUUUGGACACAUCAUGCAUCGCGGUUUGGUUGAAGGAACAAGGCUUUGAAGUCAUCUGCUAUCUGGCCGAUGUCGGACAAAGAGAAGAUUUCGAUGCUGUGCGAAAGAAGGCCAAGGAAAUCGGCGUCUCCAAGUUGGUGAUUGCUGAUCUGAAGGAGGAGUUUGUGAGUGAGUUCAUCUGGAUGGCGAUCAAGAGUGGGGCCCUUUACGAGGACAGGUACAUGAUGGGGACCUCCUUCGCCAGGCCAUGCAUAGGUAGGAAGAUGAUCGAGGUAGCCAUGGAGGAGGACGCAGAAUACAUCUCACAUGGAGCCACUGGAAAGGGCAAUGACCAGAACAGAUUUGAGCUGGCGGCAUAUGCUCUGAACCCGGACGUGAAGGUGGUGGCCCCCUGGAGAAUGCCGGAGUUCUUCAACCGGUUCCAGGGCAGACUGGACCUGAUGAAAUAUGCGGGGGAGAAGGGCAUCCCGGUGGACUCCACUCCAUCGGAGCCAUACUCAAUCGACGACAACAUAAUGCACAUCAGCAUGGAAUCCGGAAUACUAGAAAAACCCCAUGAAGAGCCCCCGCUUUCCACAUACAGAUACACGACGAAUCCCCUUGAGGCGCCGGACAAACCGACCAAAUUAGAGAUCGAGUUCUCACAAGGUAUUCCGAUCAAAGUGGUUAAUUUGGCAGAACCAGAGAAGGUUUACGACAAGCCUCUGGAUCUGUUCAUGUAUUUGAAUGAAGUGGGCGGCAAGAACGCAAUCGGAAGGGUGGACAUCGUCGAAAACAGAUUCAUCGGCAUGAAAUCCAGGGGAGUGUACGAGACACCUGCAGCCACUAUUCUGUACCAUGCGCACUUGGACCUGGAACUGUUCUGUGUGGACAAAGAAGUCUACAGGAUCAAGUCUUUCCUCAGUGCCAAAUUCGCCGAACAGGUCUAUAACGGUUUCUGGUACAGCCCCGAGUGUGAGUUUGUGCGACACUGCAUUGACAAGACACAAGAGGUGGUGGAGGGGAAAGUUAGAGUGAUGUUGUACAAAGGGGGAUGUCACAUCCUAGGCAGAGAGUCCCCCCUCAGUGUGUACAACGAGAGUCUAGUGAGUAUGGAUGUGAAGGGAGACUACGAACCGAGUGACGCCGACGGAUUCAUCAAGAUCAACGCACUCAGACUCAGGGAAUACUGCAGAAUUGCGAGGAAAUGUGAUAAACUGCAGCAAGUGGGAUUGAGGCCAGUGAAGAAGUGAAACACAGACACAAAAGGAGAUAUAUUUAAAUAGAGAGAUAGAAAUAACGAGAACAGAACAGAACAUCACGAGGACUCAUCUCACACGAAAAUUAAUGCCAACCACCGGACGAUUAAACAUCUCGAAACAUCUCAACUAAUGCAGAACAGACAACAUCAGAAAGUAAAAAAGGAAGAAUGCAAUAUUAGUCAUGGACGGGAGACAAGAAAGACACCAAGACGAGUUAAAGCUAAAUUGAAUGCAAGAAUCAUGCUGAAAUCAGAAACUUUUUUUAAGGGAUGAAGAAAAUCGCAGUUGUAUUACCCAUAGUCGCAGUGAUAAUCGUUGUUUAGAACUCCUAUGUAAAAUGCCCUGCUUCCUAAUUAUAAUGCUAAUUAUUAAUUACUAAUCAAUACUCAACAGAAUAUUCUGCGGCGGAGCCGCUCUAUUAUGUACUUUGUAAAUGCCUAUAAUCAUUGUAUCCUUUCAUUAAGCUGAGCUUAAAACUCGUUUAGAUAUCAAGUUUUGAUGUUUGGUUUUCAGUUUGUUUGAUGUUAUUGAAGAUCUAAUUUUUUUGUUUGUUUGACGGACUAUUUAGUCAUCGAAUUUGUUCGUUUUUGCCGAAACGUGCUUUGUAUGUGCUAUUUACUUGAAGUAGUCGCCUUUAUAUGGGUAGCUUACUCACCAGCCCCGUGCAUAAAGUGUAGUUUGAAGGUUGUAUUUUAUUUAGAUCUCGCUCGCCAAUCAAUCCAGGUGAUGUAUGUCUGUAAUCUUCUGAUUUUGUUGGAUCUUGUAUUCUUAGCCCUCGAAUAUAUCUGCAUUCCUUUC